AUGCCGGUGACGGAGGAGGAUCUCGCUCAAGAAGGGCGUGCAUUGAUCGACCAGGGUGACUACAGUCAGGCACGGUCUUCCCUCCUCGUUGCCAUCAGUCUUUUCCCUGACAGCGCGAGGAUCAACUAUGACUUCUGGAAGGCCUGCUGCCUUGCUCGUGAUGACGCCCGUGCCAACUCCCUUCUCGGCGAUAUCUGCCAGAAGGAGGACAUGCUGUCGCAAUUCUGCGAGCUCAUCCUGGUGGACCUACGGCAGUUCGCUGCGGGGAACAAGGAUGCAGGGAACUUUGUUCGAUCAGGGAUCUUGAUACCGAGCAAGACAGACGUGGAGGCUCCGUUGGAGAAGUGCCUCUCUCUGCUCUUCGACGGCAAGGAAGAGGCUGACGAUGGUUCAACCUGGAACAUCCUGUUGAGCCUCGGCAAGUUGACGGACAACAGCACAGCCCUGUGGUGGAGGGCGUGCGAGUUCACCUUUGAGCUCGACACGAGGGCGAGGGGGGAGAUGAUGGGAGAGGAUCCUUUCUCGACGUUCUGCACCGAGUGGUCCAAGUUGCUGGCGGUGGAGUGCGUCGGCAAGGUGAUGAAGGGAGAGGUCCUGAAGGAGGAGGAGCUGGUCAAGGUACAACCGUAUAUAGAGAGAUCUGUCCUGCAUCACUUUGGGCUGGGCGACUGGGUUGCCAUCCGAUCCCUGAUGGAAUCUUUCGUCGGCUGCUGCCCUCCUGAAGCUUUGAAGAAUUUCCCGCUCCGCAAUGCCCCGGCCCCAAGGGCGGCCACAGGGGGGCCAGGAAAGCAUCCAAACCAGCAUCUGGCCAGCUCGAGAUUGGUCUCCUCCUCCAUAACCAACGCAGUCUGCCAGAGUCUGAGCUCCAAGUCAGGUCUAGGGGACUUGCACCCGGUCGUGGGGUACCUAUGCUUGCUCGGCUCGUAUCUGGUGGACCUGUUGAGGUACUCCCUCUUCUGUAGGUACGGCAGCGAAGAUACAGUGAGCCUGAAUGCUACCUGCUCGUCCGUCUCAGAAGCUCAGGAGGUUGCGGACAACAGCCAUGAAGGAGCAUCCGUGCUCUCGGGAUGGUUCUACCUGACCCCCGGCGAAACCCCGCGGGAGUCCGCGGACAAGGAGAAGGAGGGAGUGCAUGAUUCCGCUGAGCCCUCCGCCCUCGGGAAGAGAGGGCGAGCGGGGGCAGAAGAAGGAUUCACUUCUGCUGUUACCACAGCGGGAGCCAACGGAUGGAGGAAAGAUAUUCAGAUGUCCCUCUCACGACAGUUGAAGACGCUCUCCUCAAUCUGGGAAGCCUUCAUGGAUCCGGCCAUUCAGAACCUCGCAAGCGAUCAUGUGAAGAUGCAGAGUCAGUGGGGGGUUGCGUUCUCGCAGCUGAAUGACGUCAUGAUGCACAUCGCAUGGCACAGGAAUGAUAAGAAGGACGUCGAAGAUAGGUUGACGAAAAUGUGCGCAUUCUCCUCGCUUUCUCCCAUCGAAAAAUUGAGGGAAAUAUUGCAAGAAACGGUUUCCAGUGGCCACGCCAACAAGCUACAAUGGUAUGAGAACGAAGACUACAACGACAUCUUCACCGUGCAUGGGAUCAAGGACAGAUACACAUUCCAACACUUCCCCCUGACCUGGAGUGAGAUUCUACUUCAUGCCAUCAUAUGCUGCGAGCAACAAGUGGUUCCCAAGAGCCUAGCGGCUGAAUACCUCCUCCUCCUUGCUCAGGUCAGAUGGCCGAGGCUGGCGGAGAUGGCGGAGAGGUUUCUGCAGGCAGACAUGGUCGAUGUGCACUCGCUGGCUUCCAAGGAGACGCUGACACUCGUCUACAACGUGGAGCUGUUGGAGCUCUUGUUCAACGUGCUCACACGAGAGAAGGCAAGAGGAAGCAACGAGAAGAAGAUAGCAAACACGCGGCAGCUUCUAGAGAAGCAGAUGAGCGGCUUGGGAAAGGAGUCAGCUGGGACGUUCACCGUGUCAACCAUGCUCGAGAAGCUCCUCGCUCUCAACGGGAGGAGGGAGGUCAGAGAGGAGUGA